AUGAGUGUUGCCGAUGGUAGCAUUGUUGAAACCUGUGGCGUAUUGUCAUAUGUGGGACCAGCGGUUGCCGUGGCUGUCGAUGUAAUCACCGUCACAGAGUCGGCCGCGGUUUCGGAUGAAGUCUUCGUUGGAUCCCGGCUUCUUGUUGUCGUCUCGUUUACCGGUGUAUCCACUGGCGUUGUCUCUGUUGGGCACUGCAAGCUUGCCGCCAGUUCCCAAGGCUCGCAGCGCGAGAGAUAUCUCGUGUAUUCCGACGAGUGCGUAUCCAUCCAUGCGUCGACGGCACUCGUCCAGCUCGACCACUGUGAUGACAAUGAUGCCGGCGGUGUAAUGGUUUGGCAGCCCGAGGCCGUCAUGAGAAUUUCGAGCGGAAUAGUCGGUGCGUAUGUUGCAAGGCUCUCGGCCAGACUGCGGCAAACCGAGGUUUCACUUCUGGGCGUUGAGGUGCUCCGAGGCAAAACGUAG